UGCAAUAAUAUGCACCAAUGCGUCUGUUUGUCGUUAGCGAUGGAUCGUUGUCGGCAGCCAGCUAUCGAAAGCGCUCGCUGGUGCGUUCUCCCACCCUUAGCUGAAAAAAUGGCUGAAAUUCGAGUGUGUGUGUGAAGGAAACUGUGUGAGAAAAAUUUGCGUUUGCUACCAAUUCGGAAAUUACGGCCUUGCGGCAUCAAAAUCGGACUCCAUUGUUCCUAGGCCACCCCAGCUGCCACGCCCACGAUUUCCCACGGAGGAGGCUAACGGUCGAACGUCAGGCAGGGCUCCAGAAAAUUGGCAAUUGAUGCCACUCUCCGAAAUCGGCACUCGGCACUCUCCUCCACUCACAGCGGCUUGAAAUUACGGACAAGCUAGGCCAAAAAAAGCAUCAGCUCUGGUUACCGUGUCGAAAAAUGUGGAUUUCAGACCGAACAGAGAAACUACCAGGCGCGGAUAACUAGAUGAGAAUCGAGCGAAGAGCACUCCCUAUAUGUAAUAUAUAUGUAAUAAACGCGCCUGCCCCGCCGACAGUGUACAUACAUCAAUAUAUCGGCUUGAUACACACAUACGCAGUUGCAUCAGCAUGUCCGACCGUGAUUCUGAUUCCGAAUCCGACGCUGGCCCACCCAUGAAUCAUCAGCGGGUCCAGCGGAACCGGCGCAUCAUCAUGCGGAUCGAAUUUAAAGAUUCAGAGGACACGGCAUCGGACCCCGAUCAGGACGACCGGCCGUCCUGCUCUACCGCGACACGGCCGCGGCGUGGCGCCCGGCGCCAGGAGGGGAAUCGUGAGUCGGACGCGGUGAACCGGAAGUCCACGCGCAAGUUUCGCAGUCGGAACGGGGUGCAGAGUGACGGCUCAUCCAGCGGCAGCGAUAUCAAUCAGCGGACCAUUCGCAGCAGCAAGCGGAACAAAGUGGAGUCCUACGACGAGGAGGAGCAAGACCAGACGCCCAGUGUGGCAGAAAGACUACAGCCCACGACUGCUGAGCCCGAUCCCGGCUUCAGUUCCGACAGCAGCAGCAACGAUCUGCUUGAGAAGUGUCCAAUCUGUCUGUUGACCUUCCGGCAGCAGGAGAUCGGCACGCCAGCCACCUGCGAGCACAUUUUCUGCGCGGCUUGCAUCGACGCUUGGUCGAAAAAUGUUCAGACCUGUCCCAUAGACCGCAUCGCUUUCGACAGGAUUGUGGUGCGCGACUCCUACGCCAGUCGCCAAGUGGUAAGGGAGACGCGGGUGGACCUGACCAAGUCUAAAACAGAGUUAGCUCUGGACGACGAGGCAGAGGGUACUGCGGCUUCUGAAGAGGAGCUGACCAACUGCGAGGUCUGCGAACGUCCGGAGCGGGAGGAUGUAAUGCUUCUAUGCGACAGCUGCAAUCAGGGAUACCACAUGGACUGCCUGGACCCGCCGCUACACGAGGUUCCUGCUGGCUCCUGGUACUGCGACAACUGCGUUGAUUCCGAGGAGGACGACGCCGACGAGCAGAUGGAGCUCGCAGACGACUUGAGUCAGCUGUACGAAGACAUCAGGGGAAUGGGCUUGCCGGAGACUCGACUCAGGGUGCGCGAAGUGCAACAGCCGCCAAGGAUCCUGCGCACCCGCCAGAACGAACGCAUUCGAGCGGCUGUACUGCGACGCACCCGCUCUGCUGUGGAUUCAACCCAGACCAGAACGCGCACCACCACCACCACUACAACCACAACGACCACCACUCGACGCACAACCACAAGCACCACCAAACGGCCCGCUCAACGGCGCGGGCGGAAGAGGACUCGCCAUCGCACCUACGUGGUGGAGUACGACCUGAAUAACUUCGACGAGAAGUUUGCCCUGAAGACUAGUAAGAAGGUGAUCAGGCGACGUCGGCGCCGCCGUCGUCGAGUGGUAGCCCCUGCCUCUAGUGAAGGACCUGGUCGACGACUUUCGGCGAGCAAGCGACUAGCGGAGCAGUUGGGAGUAAAGUUGGACGGAGUGCAGCGUUCUCAUCUCAGCGGCGGAACUGCCUCCAGUUUUUCGCUCUUUGGGAACGCCAACGACUUGGAGUACUUCUCGGACAGUGAGCCAGAGUUCGGCGGCAGUGCCACCUCUGCUGGACUCGGAUCGACGGCGGUGCAAACGUCAGUUCGCAUUGCUAGCAUUGGAGCCCCGCGAAUCCGUAAAGCCUUGCUCCAAGGCAAGGCACGCAUUGCCGCCACGCCUUCAGCCCCGGCUUCAGCUUCAGCUUCAGCUGGUGACAUUCUGUCCACAAUAUUGGAUCUGCAAGAUCGUUGGCACGACGCUUCGCGCAACCUGAGCGAUGUGCACAUUAGGGCGGAUGGUACCCUCAAUCUGCCCCAAAGACUGCCGCCUGCAGCAAAGCCAGCAGCAGCGCCGACGGCGUCCGCUUCUAAGUCCGAGGAGCACGUAACCCAGGCGCCGCUCUACCAGCGCGGUGGAGCAGGACCGAAUUUUAGCAGGGGUGGAGGAGCUGGCGCAGGCGACAACUACAACAAUCGCUACAGCGGCAAUAACAGUUACAGGGGAGGUGGAGGGGGCGGUGUAGCGUCCGGUGGCGGCGGUGGACCUGCCUCGCGGCAAUCGACGAGCGGCGGAGACGGCCAAGGGGCUAGUAGUUUUAGUAACCAAAACUUCAGCAGUCCCAGCCCCAACAACAGCAACACAAAUUUGUCAAGCUUUACGCCCUUCCACCUCCGAUUCAACACGCCCACCCGCCCGCAGCAGCAACGCCAGCCAAACGUGCCCCCCGCCACUCAGCCCACGCCCCCAUUUCGUGGAAGCGCACCACCUCCAGCCGCGGUGCCAUCGCCAUCGAACAGUUUUCCAUCGCGACCUCCGGUGUUCGCGCCCCCUGUGAACCACCAUCCGGCACCGGUGAUGGCCCUGCCAAGAGUGCCUUCAGUACCACCUCCGCCGAUACCACCCCCAACCAUACCUUGGAACAACCCGCUCUUCAAGAUGAACACCCUGCAGCAGUCGCCGCUGAAAGUCAAUGAUCGCAACGUAGACGACGAUGCCGACAAUUGUCCGAAUUUUUCAAUUUACUCGCAAGAGUCUCAGGCGGUGGCAAACGCCUCGACAAUGGCGUCGGGGAUUGCACAAGGAUCAGCCGAUGUGUCCGAUAAGGAUGAUGACGAUAUGAAUGAAGAUUUAGUACAAUUAGAUGACGAUGACGAGGAUAACGAAAUACCUUUGCCCCCGGGACCAGAGCCCGAACAAGUGCCCGAUAAAGUCAACGAAGAUCUGUACGAGCCGGAGAAUCCCACUGACGAGCCGGAUGAGCAGGAAGAUAACGAAAAGCCCUGUGAUGACGCACCCAUGGAAGAGUCGGAGUUAUCCGAUCAAGAGGUCAGCAAGACGGGGGCAACCCCUUCGAAGGCCCUCGAUGAAGAGGAGGCAAAGACGCGCAGCACUCCCAGUCCGACGGUUAAGGAUCGGGCCAAGGGCGUCCUGGAGCUGUACGAUGACAGUGACUGGGAAGAGCUGGACAUUGACAAGCCGAAGGAAUAUGAAAAGGCGCUGGUUUCCGACGCACAGUCCAACCCGAAGCCGAAAAAGUCCAGGAAGGCCAGCUCCAAUAAAGACGCAGAUGCGGAGAAGGACGACAACGCUAGUGGCAGUGAGCACGAGCAGGAUCGGUCAUACACGCCCUGUCUGGACGAGAAGAAUUUGGCGGAGGGGGAGGAGGAGGCGGCUGCAUCAGCGCCUCCGGAUGCGGACGGCAACAGUCACAAGACGGGCUCCUCCAAGUCUUCCGAUGACGAAGAGGAGCCAGAACAGGCUGUCGCCACGGAUAUUGUGUCGGAGGACGAGCUGACCAACGAAAACGGCUCGAAACGACGCAGUCGAAGCCGCGGUAGGGCGAGAAAGCAAUCCAAGUCCAAGUCGAAAUCGCGUUCAAAACGCAGCAAGGACGAAACCUUCAAAAAAGUGGGAAAGCGACAAAAGGAUCGCAACUACCGCGGAGACAAGACAGAGGCGGAUCGCAGCCCUUGCACUCCAAAGAGCCGCUCCAAGAGCCCGAAGCGCAGCAAGAGUGCCAGUCCAAGUAGGAGCCGGACCAAGAGCAAAAGCAGGAGCAGAAGCAGAAGCAGAAGUCGAUCCCCCAGUCGCAGCAGGAUCAGGCGUCGCCGUAGCAGCCGCUCUAAGUCAUACUCCCGCUCUCACUCCAGGUCUCGAUCGCGUUCCAAUUCGUAUAGCCGCCAGCGGUUCUCCUUCCGUGGACGGGACAACCAGCGCGGCUUCAUGCGUGGACGCGGUGGACUUCGUUUCAAUUACCGCAAUCAACAGUUCCACAACCGGCCGUUUCAGCACCACAACCAGAACUACCACCAGAACCAAAACUUUCAUCAGCAGCACCAUCAGCAGCAGCAUUACUUUCACUACAACCAGCACGGCCAGCACCAGCAGUUCUUUCAGCGGCCCAAACGCAGGGAACUACCUCGCUAUGACGUGCGCAACGUAGUGGGUGCAUCGAGGCACCAGCACCAGGCCAAGGACCGCUAUGGACGCGACGCAAUGCGGUCGGCCAGAAGUCGAUCGGGCAGGCGCAACUCGCGCAGUUUCUCGCGGAGCGUUUCGAGGGGAUCGAGGGGUUCCCUGCGCUCUCGUUCGGCCUCGCCGAAGCGCUUCCGAAGCUUUAGCAUCUCGCCAACGCCCCCGCCAGGCACCUCGCCGUCUCCCCACAAACAAGGCGAAAGGCGUAGAACCUCGUCGGGCAGACGGUAUGCCCGCUCGCCCUCGCCGCUGCCGCCUCCUCCGAACGAAAGCGCCCAUAGUCCAGUGUCUCCGCGGUCCAGAAAUUCGCGCUCACACACUCCCAAUCGCAUUAACGGCGGGGGAGGCAACAGAUCGCCUCUCUACCUGGGCUCGCCGCGCUAUACGCCUCGACUGAGUCGCAGCCGGAGCAGGAGUCGCUCAAAAAGUCCCAAGGAUGCGCCCAAGAAGAAGAAAAAGAAGUCCGACAAGAAGAAAAAGAAGAAGAGGACGGGCAGCGCCAGUCCAACGACAGCUGCGCGGAUGAGGCGCAUCUCCCGACAACGCGAUCCCUUCGAGGAUGCCGAUGACUUCCUGGCGCCGCAGAGAAAGCGCAAGAAGGGCGGAAUAGUCCCUGGUCAGUGGUCCCCGUCGCCUUCUCCCGGUCGCUGUGAUUUCCUGCACGACGGCGCCUGCGCGGACAAGAACUCCUCCUGGACGCCACCGCUGGAAUCUCCCAAGGGUGCCGGUGGCCACUACGACAACGAUGGUGGCUUGACACCCAAGAAGGCCAAGCGCAAGCGGGACAAGAGCAAAAAGAAGAAGAAGCAGUACCCGCUGGAGAAGCAGCGCAAGGAGAAGAAGCGCAAGCGGCGAACCCAGACGCCGGAGCCUUUGCCCUCGAAGGAGGUGUUCGCUUCGGGCAACAACAUCCUGGUGAGCGUGAGCUUCAACAAGGAGGCGAGCGCCAACAAUGCGAUCUCCACGCUGGGCUCUCAGCAGCAGUCGACAGUCACAAUGCCAUCCGGCAGGGGGGAGGAUCUGUUGAGCGAGCGCCUGACCAGCAGCAUCAGCAGCGCUGUGGGCGCCGUCAAGAAGGGAAAGCGGGAAAAGCCACGCAAGCGGAAGAAGCUGGAGGCCAAGCCGGUGGCCAUCAUCGAUCUGGAGCGCUCGCCCUUCCAGGUUCAUCAGGAGCCGGCCGAUGUCAUUGUGCUCACCGACAGCGAGGAUGCGACCGAUCAACUUUCCACGAGAAGGGAGAGGGAGAGGGAGCGAGAUAGGGACCACGACCUGAUGCGCGAAAACGGGCAAAGAGAAAAAACGCCGCAGGUUGGUUCCUUGGACACAAUCAUGGAGACCUCGUACGAGAACAUGACGCAGUCCACCGGCCCCAAGACGCCACCCGAGCCGCCCCUCGUUAAGUUCAACCUGCCCACCAAGAAGAUGCAGCACAAGCCGCGCAGCAAUCCGCUGCACGAAGACGCCGAUGAUAUUAACUCCGCGGACGAACUGGAGGCAGCCUGUUCCCUGGCUCCCGAGGAGCAGUCGCCCCAGCACGGUCACGGCAGCCACGAUGGCGGCCAGAAGAUCGGACCGAACACGCCCCCGGAGUCGGGACCGCGCUCGCCCGACGUCUACGAUCCCUUCGAGCCGACCAAGUCGCCCUCCCUCUCACCGCGCUCGCCGACACCACCGCCGUGCCAGAGCCUGGAUCAGCAAGCGGCCGGCAGCAUGCCGGCGAGCAGUGCGAUCGGUUCGGCGUCUGGAGACAAAGGAGAGAGCGAUGCGGGCCACGCAACCGUGUCCAAUGCGAGCACCAGCACCCAGACCCAGACGAGCGUGCUCAACCCGGUGGAUCUGGUGAUGGCGCUGAUGAACAAGCCCAACCAGAGCGGAGCUAACCAGCAAGAGAGCGAGGUGAGCUCCGCCCAGUACAUCAGCAGCAGCUCGGUCAGCCUCUCGCUGGGCGUCGGCUCCAGCACCUCCGGCGGCGCAGGGGGAAUCGGCGGAGGCGACAGCCAUGACAAGGCCACCGAUGGAAAGACCAUCACCGUUCUCUCCAACGUUUUGCUCACGAGCAGCAGCGUGGUGUCCAGCUCGCAGCACAUACCGUCGAUUUCUAGUCCGACGCCGCCGUCAAAGAAGCUCACCCCGCUGCCGAAGGCCGGAGGCAGUGUGGCCAGCAGCAGCAGCGGAGUUGGCAACAUGCCCACCACCAGCGGAGGAGUGGGUGGUGGCCUUCGGAACGGCAGUGGCCUUGGCAAUGCCGGGGGAUCGAGCAACGCCCUCGACGACUCAUUUAACAUGGACAUCGAGAGCCCCUAUUCGCCCGGCUCGGCCGACUACGAGGAUCUGUUCGAGCCUCCCAGCUUAAUGGAGGGCAACCGGCGAGCGAAGGGCGGCGCAUCUGCCGGGGGUAAAGUGGAAAUGUUCGACAACCUAUUCGGAAGCAGUUCGCCAGUGGGCAAUAUCCGGGUGUCAUCGCGCUACACAACUGCGGCAGGCAAGAAGACGCAUCGUAGCAAGGGCGACCGCAAAUCAAAAUCAAAAGGUGCAAGAAAUACGGAUGCAUAUGACGAUGUGCCGAAUUCGGCAACUGACCUACAAAAUAAGGAUAGACUUUUACGCAAGUUAAAUCGACAGGAACGUGUCGUUGAGGAGGUAAAAUUGGUGUUAAAGCCGUACUUUAACAAGAAAGCGAUUACAAAGGAUGACUACAAGGACAUCAUGCGAAGAGCUGUGCCCAAGAUCUGCCACAGUCGGUCUGGUGAAAUUAAUCCACACAAGAUUAAAAAUCUUAUUGACGCGUAUGUAAGGAAAUUCCGAGCAAAGCACAAGAAGUUGAGUCUCCUGAACACGGGGCAAGUUAGUAGUGCUGUUAAAUGUGCCGCCUAUCUAAAAAAACUGUAAGCCAGCAAGCGAGCGCCUAGGAACCGGCACUUUUGGUAAAAAAAAUUUAAAGAAUUUUGCGGUCGCAUGCAUUCCUAAAAUCUACCAUCAAAUGAAACCAAUAAUAUCCAUCAGCCAACAUCGCAAACUUGGGAAAAGUGAAUGGAAAACUCAAACUGUCAUUUACUAUUGGAAUUUAGUUUUUAAGCCAAUUUUAGGUCACUUUACGAAUGAUUUAGACCGUAAGCGAAAUACAGAAGUGAAGAUUUUUAAAUAUUAAGCAAAAGCAGUUCGCCACCUAACUUUUGGUUACCCAAAGCACUACAAAAACACUUUAUUUAUAUCAAGACUAGUUCAUUAGAUUGUUUAUUUGUACGAAACCUGUAAUGAUAAUUUAACUGUUUUGCAUGAGCAUUAACAAUUUGUAAGUAGUUAAGUGAAGGCAAAACAAAAUUGUAUUUUACCUCUGAUAAUUUAAAUACUUAAAUUAAACACAUUUGAAAAAAUGAUUGAUAACAUCAACAAAUUGGCGCGCACUGAAGAAGGCAUAGCAAAUUCCUGGGAAUGUCGUUCAUGCGGUCGAGUAUUUUUCUUGAAAGAAUGUUGUUAUUAAACAAUUGUAAUUAUGUAUUCAUAGGAUUAACUGCAUGGACAGUUAUGCAGUACAUCUACCAAUCAAUUGAUUUCGCAUAGUCGUUCAGUCAUAAUUUUUGAAUAACGAGUAAGGGUGUUUGCGCUGCAACACAAAUGAUAACAGUAUAUUUAAUUAUGCAAAUUGUGCUAAAUCGUUUUGUAAAUAUCCAUAUACAUAAAAAUAAAAGCGAUUAAUCCAA